CAGCUACCUCUGUCGCCGCGCGCGCGGAGGGCCGUAAUCGCCUUGCCCUUCUUCCCCCAAUCCCCACCUAACCCCCUCCGACCCCCGAUUCGCCGAGCGCGCCUCCCAGCCCUUCCACCCGACCACGCCGCCGCCCCCGAGGAACUCCCAUCCCCACCGCAGCCCGGCCCGUCCCGCCCCUACUGGACUGGCGCGGAGCGGAGGAGAUCUGCCCCGACCUCGGUUCCCUCCUCCUACUGUGGUGACGAACCCUAACUCGCCUGAGCAUAAACUAGCACGACCAACAGAUGGGUAGCUACUGAUUGAAGCUCGACCAUUUGAUGUGAACAUUUUGCAUUCCUUCAGUGCUUAAGAUGGCGGUUGGACUAACAUCCCAGCUGUUCCAAGGAGUCACUGCUACCAACAGAUUCGGCCAAACCAACAAUUUCUGUGGAGUACGACGAAUAGCUGGUGUGGAGAUGCGACGUUCUCCCCCAUCCACUUCGUUUCCUUCACUUGCUUAUGGGCAAGAUUCCUUGGUGCAUAACUCGUCCGGGAGGAACUACAUGCCCAUGCUUUAUGUGCCUUAUAGAUAUCGGGCCUUGCGUGUUAGAUCUUUUGUCUUGCCAGUUGCUUUGAAGGAAAUUCCUUUGGUGAAGAGUGCGUCAUUAGUAUUGACUAGGUCAUGCGACACUUUACUUGCAAAUCCAGCUACUGCACUCGUGGUACCUGCAAUUGGAAUAAUUGUAUUUGCUCUAUGGGGUUUUUUGCCUCUAGUGAAGGACAUCAGAAACCGUUUUGAUCAUGGAGGUAACUGGAAAAAGAGCCCUACAUACCUAAUUUCUAGUUCCUACCUUCAACCUUUACUCCUUUGGACAGGGGCAACACUUAUCUGCAGGGGUUUGGAUCCAGUCGUGUUGCCUUCAGCAGCAAGCCAAGCUGUUAAAACGCGCCUUUUGACUUUUGUGAGAUCCUUAUCGACCGUCCUGGCUACUGCAUAUAUUAUGACAAGCUUGAUUCAGCAGGUACAGAAAUUUCUAGUGGACAUACGAAGCCCCAGUGAUACACGAGCUAUGGGGUUGGAUUUUACCAUGAGAGCUGUUUACACUGGUAUCUGGAUUGCUGCUGUUUCUCUCUUUAUGGAGUUGCUGGGUUUCAAUACCCAGAAGUGGAUAACUGCUGGAGGUUUCGGGACAGUAUUGCUUACGCUUGCUGGUCGUGAGAUUUUUACAAAUUUCCUCUCAAGUGUUAUGAUCAAUGCCACCCGCCCAUUUGUAGUGAGUGAAUGGAUCAAUGCAAAGAUAGAUGGUGUUGAGGUAUCUGGUAUUGUUGAGCAUGUUGGCCUGUGGUCACCAACAAUCAUUAGAGGCGAUGACAGAGAAGCUAUAUACAUCCCUAAUCAUAAAUUCACAAUGUCUAUAUUGAGGAAUAACACUCGGAGAAACCAUUGGCGUAUUAAGACAUAUCUUGCUAUAAGCCACAUGGACGCUGGAAAAAUUGGUAUAAUUGUUGCAGACAUGAGGAAAGUGUUGGCCAAGAAUCAUCAUAUUGAACAACAGAAGUUGCAUAGGAGAGUAUUCUUUGAAAAAAUUGAUCCGAAAACUCAAGCUCUUAUGAUAUACAUAUCCUGCUUUGUGAAGACAUCGCAUUUUGAAGAGUAUCUAAAUGUCCAGGAAGCUGUUAUGUUGGAUCUUCUUACAAUAGUUGGGCACCACAGGGCAAGGCUUGCCACGCAGAUCCGAACAGUUCAGAAAUCAUAUGGCAACGCAGACAUUGACAACAUUCCUUUUGGAGAGGAUACAUAUAGUCCUCGUGCACGUGGCCGUCCGCUCCUGAUCGAUACUUCUGCAAGGAUCAGUGACGACAAGAAACCUCCUCGACCAGUGGUAGCACGUGAAGAUCAGAAAGCAAAGGUGGCCAGUGUAUCAGCGGUAGAGACGAAGUCAGAUGCACCUGAUGGUUCUAGUUUAAACAACUCGGAGAAGCAGGAGGAGAAAAAGUUGGUUCCAGACGAUGCUGGGUUGAAGAAGGAUCAUGUGAAAACAACAAUACCAUCUCCCACAACUCCAUGGGCAGAUCCUGUUGCGUCUACUACUUCCAGGACUGAUGAAGGGAAGGCUCAAGGAUCAGAAGGACAAGGGGAUGGUUCUUCAGUUGCUACGCCAAAGAAGGAAUCUAGUAGACCUGCCUUUGAAGACAACAUUGUUCUUGGUGUAGCUCUCGAGGGCUCGAAGAGGACACUCCCAAUCGAUGAAGGAAUGAACCCUCAUCUAUCGCUAUCUGAACCUGAGCAAGACGCAGGUUCGUCGCCUAAGAAGAAAGGCCAAAGCUACUCACUUUCAGGCCAAGAGAAGGCGGACUAGACAGGUGACGGAUCCAUGUCGUCGGAUCUCUAUGAAUGAUUUGUCACCAAGCCGACCUUUUUUGUGCGCUUGUGCAAAUGCAAUCAGUCACUCGGUCAUACAGCUAGCUCUUCUUUUUCCAUGUUUAAGGGCAUGAAUACAUGUUUAUUUCUGGGAACCAAUGUACCUUAGGCAUCGAUCGCUGUCAGGCUUGUGACGUCACAAGAGAAAUAUUCUGUACAUAUGGUGCAUCUGCUGGCUGUAACGAUCUUCUAGAUAAAGUUGAUUUAUGUUGGUUCUUGGUGGUCUAGGUGGAUUCUUGUGAUAUUGGAA